UCAUACAUAUUUAUACCAAAUGCAUAAGUAUACAAAUUUGGCUAUUCCUCUUCUCCAAAUAUUUAGAAUACUAUUUGCCAAUUUUUCAAUAUAAAGCUUGAAAGCUCAUGAUUUGGACUGUGCGAAUUAGUCUGAUAAAGUGUCACGGCCUCACAAGUCCUGGAUUAACAGGUCAAAGGUGGAUUCGUUCGUAGUCACAUUUUUGUCACAGUUCUCAAAAUCUCAACUCACAUCUUUCUUGUUUCCGUUUUUUUGCAGAAACUGGAGCAUGCUUAUUUGCCCCGAUUUUCCACCGAUCGCGGUAAGAGUUGCUGCAGCUGGAAAGUGAAAGCCCAGCAGAAGAGGCAACUCCUCCUCCUCCUCCUCCACCGAUCCACACCCACCAAUAACAUCGAGAUGUUGCGUGGGUUGUACGAGUUUCGCCCCAUCAACGACAAAACACUCGGUUUUCGGAGUCACGACCUCCUCCUCUUUCUCGAACCACACGCCCGAGAUAAGAACUGGCUGCGGGUCGCGGACGCUCACGGGCACGUCGGCUUCGUCCCCAUCAACUUUAUCCACGUCUUCAAAGAGACCACGUCCGAAGGCCUGCUCGCCUUUUUGGAUGAAGCAAUACGACGAGCGAGACGUGACCAUUUGCCAACUUUGGAGCUACUUUGUGCCGUCAGACAGAACAUUGUUACGUCGCCAUAUACGACGGAAGAACAUGUGAAACAGAUUGAUAGAGAAGUAGCCCAAUUGAGGGAGAAAGCGGCAGAGGGGACAAACUAUGACGAUGGGCAUAAGAGGCAAGUAUCUCCACGGGACAGGGGAGAUCAUCACCAGCAGCAACAAAUUCUACCCCCAGCAAGGUCACCGGGUCGGCCGAAACAGGGCGAUUUCAUUUCUACCCCGUCAGGCAGGAUGGAGCAGCAGCAUCAUGUUUCCAGCGGGGGCGAUAUUGCAUUCCCCCCAGGAAGCGAGAGGUCAAAGAAGAAGGAAAAGAGUAGUCGGAAACCACACCCUCCUCCUGCUGAACCGUAUCAGGAUGACGUUGUACAAUACUCACAACUUCAGGUUAUCCACCCACACACCAUCAUGCCGCAGCAAGUGGGAAUCAUAAACAAUUCCGACCUGGUGGCGGAGUACGUACGAAGUACGGUCUGUGUUGGACCCCACUUGGGAGGAUCGCACGACUUGACGGGUCACCGAGCAGAGGGCAACAACCAUGACCUCUUCCCCAACAUGGGCCUACUUCAGGAGCCGCCUCCUUAUUGUGAUCAUGAUUGUGGUUGUGGAAAGCCGAGACGUCCCCCUGGCAGGAGAUUCAGUCAGGACGAUUUAAUAGCUCCAUUUAAUGGAAGUCUUCUUGGGGCCGAGUUGGUCGACAUUGUCAGGAAUGCGACCGGAUUGAGCCAUAAACUUAGUCAAGAUGCUACUGAAGCUGUGCUAAAUUUCGUGAUUGAAACGUUCCGACGUGACGAGUGGGACAAAGUGGGACUACUUCUGAGCCACUUGGAGGUCACUCCACGCGCUGUGAGCCAAGAAUUGGGAAUAAUUGCAGUGAGUCCAGAUGCCAAAACGAUUCGGACCAUAUUCAAUCGAUUGACGCAGUGCAAAGAAGAUGAGCAGCAAAGGAGUUGGGCCUUGCAUGAGGAUGAAUCCAUGAUUUUGGAUAACUUGAGAAAACUUAAUAAAAUUUUGAAUGAUGCGGACCCCAGCAUUUCCAAAUUCGUGAUGGAAUCAGAUCAAUAUCGAAGUGUUAAUGCACUCGUGUUGUACUACCAGAUGGAAACGCGUUGGUCAAUUCGAACCAAGUUAGUGGGUUGUUUUAAAGCAAUGUGUUGCAUUGAUGAGAAAGCACAUUCCGUUCUCCUUAAUUCCAUCCUGCCUAUGGAGCUGGCAAGAGAAAUGCGAGAAAACAAAGACAAUGCGGACAGGAUGCGAAUGUGUGCUGACCUACUCGUGAUUCUCCUCAGUUCUGGAGAACCCAUUCCUAUAACACAUUACGACUACUUGGACUCGUUUUUUCUUGAUUUUGUUUUCGAAACCAUUGAAAACCCUCCAAACCAAGAUGAGAAGAUUACAGACUGCAUGGUUGGUUGUCUGUUUGCCUAUAAUCUCCAAUUUUUCGGAGAAAAGGACAACUUGAUUAUCGCCACGUUGGAGAGGCGUCACAAUGCGAACGUAUUUACGCAAAAAGUCAUUUACUUUUUGAACCGUGGAGUUGACCCCGUUGAUCUCCUCGCACAUAAGAGGAGCAUUCCAAACUCGGUUCUAAAACUUACCACGGACAUCUUCACCUCGAAACGAGGAGCAGAUUUGUUUUAUACAAACGACAUCAAAGUAUUGAUCGAUAUUGUGACGAGAUGUGUUACAGAUCUUUCUGCUGGUGACGAGACGCGAACCUCCUACCUCAAGUUGAUUCAAGUGAUAAUACGAAAUUCCAACUUUAUCGAGCACAAACAUCGUCACGAUGACUUGGUCCACUGCUUCUCAUCCAUUAUUCAAGAGGAGGAAGAAGUAUCUCGACGAGAUCAGUCCAUCGUCAAAGGAAUCGUGACCGAGUUUCCAACCCUGUUUGGACUGCCGUGCUAGAUGUCAAACGAACUAAAAUUGAUGCCUCCUCUCCACCCAUCCAACAAUUCGUUGCUACUCAUUAAUUAAUAGUCAGUCCUUAAAGUAGGAAUCAAUAACUCAUUGCCAAAAUCGUCGUCGAAUCGUCAAAACAAAUUUUAUCGACAAAUUAGUUGUCAGUAAGGCGAUUAAUAGAAUUUUUUAAGCCAGCUUUGAUGAGUUCCAAUUUUUCUAAAGGCUUCUUAAACUUGAGAUCUCCCCCUUCAAAAACUAUCAAAAUCUGGAGUGUAUAUUUCUUUAAACAAUUGGCAAAGACUUGCUGUACACAUUAGUCGCCCAGAAUUUUAAAAUAAAUUCCCAGAAAUGGUUACAAAUGUAUUGAUUUUUACGAUUGUGGCAAUGGGUCUUUGAGUAAUUAUAGUAAGUUGUUGCUACUGAUAUUUAGUGUGACGUCGAAUGUAGAGAUUAUGACGAUAGCCACAGCUACAUACGUAGACGUACUAUUUCCAGUUUUCUAGUGAUUACUAUCGUCACCACAUUACCAUAAUAUUUAUAAAUAUGUACCCUACAUUAGAGUUUUAAUGUGAUGAUGAUGAUGCUUUUUGUUAAGCAUGAAUGUCACCCUGUGAUUAUAUUUGACUCCUCUGCAAUUUAUUUAAUUUAAAUGCACAACUUUAAUAUAAUGUUUUUCGUUGUCCAGUUGAAAAUUGCAUAUAUAUUCAUUUCUUACAAUGGACGUCGCCCAACGUAUGCUCUCCGAGGUUGAGAAAACUAGUCAUCGACUCAUCGAUCACAAAUUCGACUAAUAUGAAAUUUGCAAAAGACGCGAUCUCCUAACGCUGAGGUUUGACAGAUAAAUUAGCAUCCAAAGAAGAGAAAGUGCGCCCUAAAGUUAGCAAAUUUUACACUUCCCAAAUUUACUGCGCGUUUUCUCCUCUUCAGAUGCAAAUAUCUCUGCCCAACGUGCCAAUUGGGAGAUCACAAAUUCACAAAUUUCAUAUUAAUUAGAUUUGUAAUCACCAAUUUUCUCAAAAUCGGAGAACACACGCUGGGAGACCUUCAUUGUUAGUUUAAGGCGAAAACGUAUAUAAACGUGAACAUCGAACUAGUCCUAGAUCGCACUGUGUGUAUAAACAAGCCAUGUUGUUAUACCAGCUCAAACUCAACUAAAUUAUGUAACUUUAGAGUAUAAACAAGGUUGAAAUUAUGUGAAAAACGAACUGUGUGCCAUAAAAUUGCCCACAAUAAUCUCUCAAUUUCACCAUUACUACUACCAACUAUAAAACCCAACUAAUAUUCCUAGUCCUUACUUACAUAUAAGUUAUUACAUAAAGAUUGUUGCACCAAAAGUUGCUUAAGAAGAAAAUGAUGCACAUUUUAUAAACACAGUAUUAUAAAAUACUCCUCAAUUAACUGCUAAAUAUUUAUUGUUAUGCAAUUCCUCUUCCUCAGUAGUAAUAAAACAAAAUAAAAAUCUGA